AUGUAAUAAAAAUUAAGAUUAUUCACAUACUUUAGAUCAUCCACUUCACACAGAAUCAGAAUUGUUCUAAACCUGAAAGAGAUAGAUUAUGAACCAAAAUUCAUUAAUCUCCUCCAAAGUGAACAUAAAUCUGAAGAUCAUAGCCAAGAAUUGCCAAAUUAGGUGUGCUUAUUUUAUAUAUUUUUAGGCUGUUCCUGCUUUACAUCUUCCAGAUGGUACAAUUUUAAUCGAGAGCAUGGCAAUUGCAGAGUAUUUAGAUGAAGUAUACCCUGAAAAGAAGCUGUUACCAUAAGAUCCUGUAUUGAAGGCCAAGGUUAGGUAAUAUCAUUCAUCAAAUACACUUAGAGGCUUUUGUGAACUGAUUAACUCAGGAAUGCAUCCAUAUUAGAAUCUAAUUAUGUUUGAAUGGAUAGAGAAGUAUGUAGAAAAAUUUGACAGAGUUGAAUUCGUUCAAAAUGUGUUAAAGAGCGAAUUUUAAAGUAUGUAUCCAUAUGAAUAUUCUUAUAGCUCUUGAGAAAUUAUUAUUAUAGAAUCAUGGUAAGUAUUCUUUUGGAGAUGAAAUCACUUUGGCAGAUUGUUUCUUAGUUCCAUAAGUUAUGGGAGCUAUUGCAAGAUUUAAGUUAGAUAUCAACUUAUUCCCAACGAUUCAAGAGGUAUAUAAUAACUUGAAAGACUUACCAUCAUUUUAUAAAGCAUAANCCUCGCUAAAUUGAUAUUUAUUAUCGAUAAAUUUCCAUGGUUUUACUUAUUUACAACUAACUUAGUAAUGCUAAUUUUCUUAAUUUUAUAGUAAAGCACAUAUAUAAUUCUUUUUAUUAAUAUCCAAAUAUUAUGAUUCAAUAAUACUAUAGUAAUUAGGUGCUAGCUAAAAUUAACCAAUUCUAUCUAUAAAUGUUAAAUUCCAUUGAUCAUUG